CCCACGUUACCAGCGUACCGUACGGCAGCACAGCUACCCCAGGCACUGUACUAGCACUCGUAGCUCCUUCGUCAAUGUUGUGCCAUACGUCUAUUAACAGCGCUCGACGACAACAACCUUCAAACAGCCAACACCACCACCGCCUCGCCAUCCGAGUACGACCAUGUUCAACGCACUCAACCGAUUCAUUUCGCGGCUGGACGGUGACGCCCCGUCGUCGGCGUCAGCCAAGGAGAACCAACAUGGCGCAUUCGGGUUUCAGGUGCUCCGCAACGAGAGCCUGCAGCUGGCCGUCGAGCCGUGGUUCGACUUUGUCGUGGGCAUCAACGGGCGCAUAAUUGACGACUCGGACCCACGACUGUUCGCCCAAGAGGUGCGCAACUGCGCGGGCGGGGCCGUGAUGCUAGGGCUCUGGAGCGCGAAAGGCCAGCGCACGCGGGCGCUGCACGUGGCGGUGCCGGCGGACACGGGGUCGCUGGGGCUGACGCUGCAGUGGACGCCGCUGGCGGUCGUGUCCAAUGUCUGGCACGUGCUGGACGUGCCGGCCGGGUCGCCGGCCGACGCCGCCGGCCUGCUGCCCUACAGUGACUACAUCCUGGGCACCCCCGAGGGCGUGCUGCACGGCGAGGGCGGGCUCAGCGAGCUGGUCGAGGACCACAUCGGCCGCCCCCUGCGCCUGUACGUUUACAACAACGAGUACAACGUAACGCGCGAGGUCACCAUCCAGCCCUCGCGCGACUGGGGCGGCCAGGGCGCCCUCGGCUGUGUCCUCGGCUACGGCGCCCUGCACCGCCUGCCCGCCCCCCUCAGCGAGCCUGUCCACCUGCCCGGGGAGACUCUGUUCGACGGCGGCGACUCGGUCGACGCGGCGGCUACUACCACGGGCGCCCCGGCCGGCCAGUUCGUCGCGCCCGACGCGCCGUCCACGUUUAGCGCCGGAGGCAGUGUCCUGGCGCCACCCCCCCCCUUCUCGUCUGGCGGCGACUUUAUCGUGCCGGCCAACCUGGUAGGCAGCACAUCACCACCGCCACCUUCUGGAGCGGCCGCAUUUGGGGGUCCACCGCGGAGCGGUAGGAAAAAGGACAGGCACGCCCACCAGAGCCCGAACCUGCUGAUGGACGACUACUUCAAGGAGCAGGAGAAGAAGAGUCGGGAGCUGGACAAUGUGCCGAGUAGGCAGGCGUCUCCAUUACCGCCGCCGCCAAAGACCGGGGGGCCGCCCAGGGCAGGGCCGCCGCCGAGAGGUGGAAAUGUCAACACACCGCCCCUGCCGCUAGCAGCAUCAGAUGGAAGCGAGGAUUAGGAACGGGAGGAGAGCUAUAGACCUUGAAUCUUUUUUCUUUCGUUCUCGUUGCCCCUAUCAUGACUACGAAAGAAAAGAAAUGCCCUAUUUAGAAAGCUCCAGCAGGGCCUCCUUGUUUUUUUUUUGGUAUUGUACAAUUAUAAUGUGUGAUAAG